ACUUCAUUUCCCAAAUCGUUUUGACUUCACAGUCGUAAACGUAAAUCCAACUCCAAAACCCAAAAUAUGUCUUAAAUUUCAACUUUAUUUCCCAAAUCGUUUUGACUUCAGUCAUAAACGUAAAAAUCCAACUCCAAAACCCAAAAUGGGUAAUUACAGUAGCCGAUAUCCGUCCACCCCCACCGUCCCUACCCCGCCGCCCCUUCAGCCCAACGCAGCCGCCGAUGCUCCCCCUCCUCCCCUCAUCCUCGGCCGCCCCACGUCCGAUGUCCGCUCCUCCUACGUUUUCGGCAGGGAGCUCGGCCGCGGCCAGUUCGGCGUCACCCACCUCGCCACUCACCGCGCCACGCGCCGGGCGUUCGCGUGCAAGUCCAUCGCCAAGCGGAAGCUCCUCAACCCCGAAGACGCGGAGGACGUCCGCCGCGAGGUGCAGAUCAUGCAUCACCUGACGGGCCACCGGAACAUCGUGGAGCUGAGGGAGGUCUUCGAGGACCGCCACUACGUGCACUUGGUGAUGGAUUUGUGCGCCGGAGGCGAGUUGUUCGAUCGGAUAAUCGCGAAGGGGCACUACUCGGAGCGGGCGGCAGCUGGGCUGUGCCGGCAGAUUGUGACCGUGGUCCAUGCCUGUCACUCCUUGGGGGUUAUGCACAGGGAUUUGAAGCCGGAGAAUUUCCUCUUUUCCUCCUCCGAUGAGGAUUCACCGCUCAAGGCUACUGAUUUUGGGCUGUCUACGUUUUUUAAACCCGGUGAUGUAUUCCAGGAUAUUGUCGGCAGUGCAUACUAUGUGGCUCCUGAAGUUUUACGCCAAAAUUAUGGUGCCGAAGCUGAUAUUUGGAGUGCUGGUGUGAUUCUUUAUAUCCUGCUAAGUGGUGUCCCGCCCUUCUCGGGAGAGAGUAAUCAGGCUAUAUUUGAUGCUGUUAUGUGCGGACAUCUCAAUUUUAAUUCGGAUCCAUGGCCUUCAAUAUCAAAUAGUGCAAAAGAUCUUCUGAAGAAGAUGCUACAGUCUGACCCUAAUCAUCGGCUUACUGCAGUUGAAGUCUUGAACCAUCCUUGGAUGAGAGAAGAUGGGGAUGCAUCUGAUGAGCCUCUUGACAUUGCUGUCUUGACUAGAAUGAAAAAAUUUCAAGAAAUGAACAAGCUCAAGAAAGUUGCUCUAAAGGUGAUUGCAGAAAACCUAUCUGAAGAAGAAAUCAUAGGUUUGAAGGAAAUGUUUAAGUCCAUUGACACAGAUAACAGUGGGACUAUCACUUUUGAGGAAUUGAAAGCUGGUCUUCUAAAGCUGGGCACGAGACUCUCGGAAUCAGAAGUUAAGCAGCUAAUGGAAGCGGCUGAUGUGGAUGGAAAUGGAACAAUUGAUUACAUUGAAUUUAUAACGGCAACAAUGCACCUGAACCGAAUGGAAAGGGAAGACCGUCUAUAUAAAGCAUUUAAAUAUUUUGACAGGGACUGGAGCGGGUACAUCACCAUAGAAGAAUUGGAGCUUGCGUUAAAGGAAUACAACAUGGGUGAUGCCAAAACAUUACAGGCGAUCCUUACUGAAGUAGACACUGAUCAUGACGGAAAGAUAAAUUAUGAUGAGUUUGUAGCAAUGAUGAGAAGUGGCAAUCCUAUUGGCGGCAACAAUUGACACCAAAGAAAAGAAAAUGAAAAAGAGUAGGAUUUUGAUGAUCAUACAGUGCAUGUUACUUUGAUGCGCUCUGUAGUUAUAAGAUGCCGGACCAUCCAAAACAGUGCAAUUUACCCAAGUACGCAAUUUUUUUUGUCAAAUUGUUUAUUGUUGUCUCACACUCAGGUUGGCUUAUACUUGCAAGUUUUCUCCUUGAGCUGAAACUUGGGGUGUGUGUUUAUACAGUCAUAUGAAAUUGGAAUAUUGAUUGUUACGCACAAAUGAUACUAAUUUGUGGACGUUUUCAACUGUUUGUUGUGUAUCUUGAUAACGAAAGACGAGGAUCUCUUGAAACUUACAAUCUUGUGCACACUAUACAGUUGUGACAGAAGCCAUAAUUCUACUCUAAUAUGUUUUUCUUUUGUACUCCCGCAAUGAAAGAGAGUCAAUGAGCUGCUUUCAGAUUGUAAUUUGCAAUGAUUCAUAUGUAACACCAAGCUGCGUUCUGAUAAUCAGGAA